GAGGUUUCAAUUAAUUCAUUCAUAUUUCAUUCUAUUGUCGUGCGUGUGGAUUGUCGGUUCCACAUUCGCAGUUUAAGCAAAAUGAAAUCUGUUUUGUUUCCGUAUGUGCUAUGCUUAAGCCUAAUGCUCAUUCUAGCUGAAACACAGGCUAAUGAAAAUGAGUCUUGUGUGGCAAUCAGAAUCGCAGAGGAACAAUGUGGAGAGCACACCUUUAAGGCUGUGAGACCUUUGUUAAAGUAUAUUCAUCAGAUGAAGGAGGAAAUGGAAAACAAUAACAAUAAAAUUGAAGGCAAAGACAGAGAAAUCAAGCAACUGCAGCAAAAGCUAGCCGCGCGUAAUGAAGAUCUUAUCGCGGAACAGAAAGCUCAGAUUGAUUUAUACAAACAGAGUAUCAAAGAGCUAACCAACAACGUUUUGUUCAUAAAAGAGGAAAUGGGUAGACUUAUUUCCAAUGCCUUGAAAAUUCAGGACUAUGAAGAGCAGCUGGAGAAACAAAAGAAGUCAAUUGAUCAACAGGCCCAGCAAAUAUCCGAACUCAACAACGAAAUCAACAAGAAACUAAAAAGCCACGAAGAGAAGCCCGUUUACGGUAAAUGCACCGAUACUCCGGGUAUUCAUAAGAUUAAACCGGAUCAAGGACCUCCUUUCGAUGCACUUUGUGACAGUACGACAGCAGGUCCUGGCUGGAUGGUUAUCCAGCAGCGAAUCAAUGGUAGGGAGGAUUUUUACAGGAAUUGGGCCACUUACCGUGAAGGCUUUGGUUCCUUUGAUGGUGAUUUUUUCUUAGGACUUGAAAAGAUUCAUCGCUUGACGCGCGCCCAGCCUCAUGAGCUCUACAUACAUAUGGAAGGAUUUGAUGGAGACAUCAAAUACAGAAGAUACGAUCAAUUUGGCAUUUCUGGCGAGGAGGACCAAUACACCUUGAUCAGCUUAGGUGAAUCUGAGGGCAGUGCAAAAUAUGAUUACUUCGAAUGCCACAAAGAUAAGAAAUUCACCACAUUCGAUCGUGACAAUGACAAUUAUCAUCGCAACUGCGCGAGCCGAGACGAACGUGGAGGUGGCUGGUGGUACGAUUAUUGUGGAUUCAGCAAUUUAAAUGGCAAAUACUAUGAUUACAAGGUGUCCAAAGUUGAUGCCAUAUUUUGGGAUGGGAUCACCUCCUUGAAGACAGUCAAAAUGCUUAUACGCCCCAAAAGCAAAGGAAAAUAAAAUAAAAAACUUAUAUGUCUAGCAUUUAUUGUAAAAAAGCUUAAGCUGUUGUACAAUUUAUUUAUUAAUAAAUGCAGAUGCUGUAAUCCCAACUAAAAUUCACAACAGACG